CCCAUCACAUUCUACGACAGCUACUCAAGAGAAAUCUAGGCGUAUUUGCGUUGGAAGUAGCUGCUGCUUGUCGUGAUCUGCCACACUUCGCGCAUUCUCUCGAAUUGCUUCUUCAUGGGGUACUAGAAGAAGAAGCGACUAGUAGUGAACCUAUACCUGAUCCUCUACUACCCAGAUGCGUUGCAUUUAUCCAAGAAUUUCCCGAGUUUCUGCGCACUGUUGCUCACUGUGCUCGAAAAACCGAAUUAGCGUUGUGGUCCUCACUGUUCUCAGUCACUGGUUCACCAAAUGAUCUCUUUGAGGUGUGCAUACGCGACGGUCAGUUGCAUACAGCGGCUAGCUAUUUGAUCGUCCUGCAAAGUAUUGAAAGUGCGCAGACAAGCCAAGAGCAGGCACUACGGCUUUUAAGAGAGGCGCUUUCUGCUGGUGAAUGGAGCAUUGCAAAGGACAUGGUUCGUUUCACGCGAGCGAUAGGAUCGGAAGACAUGGAUAGCCCUGCAAGAACCCCACCUCCUUCUAAAACGUCAUCCCGUCGACACGCGGCCUCAAUCAACAGCGUAGCUGAAGCGGAUGAUCUUGUCUUUGCACGAUUCCAAGCGGCUGGAAGAGUUUCGAAAGUCCGGCACUCACAUGCAGACUCUCGCGACGCCACUAGGAAGGAUUCAGCUGGAAGCACUGGAAAACGAACUGCGGCACGGGCUGUGUCUAAUGAUAUGGCACCGCCUUCUCCAACUCAGGUAAAUCCGAUAGCUGAGAAGAUGAAUACUAUCCUUGAUGGACACGCUGUUCAUCUACUAGAGGAGUAUUGCAUAAGGGAUCUCGGUGGGUCACUUUGA